CACAAUGGGGGAUAAGGCAACUCUCAUGAAGGCAAGGCAACAGCUGGAAGAUCUUUACCUCGGAGUCCCAGAUGAUUCCGUCGACCUCACCUUCAAAGACCUUGCGAGCUUCCCACAAAAUGUAGCAGCAGAAAAAAAGGCAAGCAACGUGGAGCCUAUCCAUGAAGAAACCAAGAAGGACGUUAAGAUGGACACAGCCUUCAGUAAAUCACCCAGCCCGGCCCUUGGUAAAUCACCCAGCCUAGAUUUUGCCAAGGGCCUGCAAGGAGCAAGAGACCAGCAUCGCCACAUGGACGACGAGCUAUACCGAGAACAUGUGGUUAGGAGCAGCUUUAAAAGGAAUUCUACGGGCUUAAGAAUAAUGGCUGAAACUAGCCAACUUCACGAUGAUGACAAUGUAAGCGCCUUCAGCAUGGCCAGUCCAUUGGAGGAGCGUAGUGGCCGAAGGCGGCCGGGGAUCCCUCACUCCAACAUUUGUGCCCUGUGCAGUGUUUAUAUCUACUUUUUCCGGCAUCGGUGCCUGGUGUGUGGAAGAGUAUAUUGCAGGCAUUGUGUAGGCAUGGGCAUGGGAGAAAUGACUGAAGGAAGGAAAUGCAUGGAAUGUUUGGGAAGAAGAUUCAGCCAAAGGUACAUAGAGAGGGCAGGGCGAACGGGUUGUUGCUGGGGAUAUCCAAGCAAGGUGAAGCAGCAAGAGCUCAUAUGGGCAGAGAAGGGACCAAGGAGGAGUGCAGAGAGGGGAUAUAGGAGUGGAGUUGCAUCAAGAUCCCCAAGCCCAAUGAUGCCAGGGACCCCCACUAGAUCCCAUGCAUCGAGAUCGAGGAGCCCAGUGAUGCGGGGAACCCGAUCUCGAUCGCAUGCAUCAAGGUCGAGGAGCCCAGUCAUGCCAGGAUCCACGACCAGAUCCCAUUUUAGCAAUAGCCCUGCAUCUUUUGUUGCAAGCUCGACGUUCUCUACUAGUCCCCAUGCAUUUCCUUUAUAAUAGCUGAAGAGGAUACACUGGUGGUUAUAUUAUAUUAUUUUAGAUCUAUGAGCUCUUCUAGUCUCCAUGGAUUUCCUAUAUGAAGUCAGAAUGGAAACCAGUUGUUAUUUUUUUGUCUUUUUCAUGAUUUAUUUCAUUGUUACAAUGGUUGAUAUGAGUGUU